GUGAGUGCUGUGUGUCUGUGGGUGUGGCCUCCUGGGCUGACUCAUCCUCUCCCUCCCAGGCGUCUCCUGGUGGGGCAGCAGCCCCUGCGCACCUGCUGACCCAUGGCCCAUGACGCCGCCUUUCGGACCCGGCCGGCACUGGGCGCGAUGUCCCCCGGGAACGGCCGGGCGCCCGCCGGCGCUGGGGCCUCCAAGGAGCCCUGCCUGGCCCGGCUGCAGGCGCAGGUGGACCUGUCCCUGGCCUGCCCCCGCUGCACGCAGCGGCUGAACGAGAGCACCUACCUGCUGCGUGGCGUGGAGCACGAGUGCCCGCGGGAGAUCCUCCUGGCCCGCCGGAAGGGCGCGGCGCCCAGCAAGCCCUGGCGCAAGGUGGACCGGCGGCCCAGCUUCCCGCGGCCGGCGCGGUACGAGGUCUGCCGCUACUACAAGCCGGGCCUGGGCUGCCGGCGCCACCGCAACCAGUGCACCUUCGCGCGCAGCCCCGAGGAGGCGCUGGUGUGGACGUGGGAGCGGGAGUCCGGCGCGGGCCGGCCCUGGCUGAAGGCCGCCCUGCUGGGGGGCGCGGUCGGGGGCAGCCCCGCCGACGCCAUCCGCGCCGAGUUCGGCGGCCGCUUCCAGCUGCUCUGCACCCACUGCUUCCGCCGCUCGCCUCCUCGCCUCAGUCCCGUCGACGCCCAGGGCCGCUGCGGCGCCCACGGGGCCUGCCCGGCCCUGCUGGCGCACGUGAGCGCCGACGGCCACAGCAAGCAGCAGGUGGUGGAGGUGCGGGCCCAGCCGCAGUACGGCCAGCCGCUGGCCUUCUGCAUGUUCGUGGGCCGCGGCCGGCCCUGCAGGCACGGGGCGGCGCGGUGCCAGUACGCGCACAGUGCCGUGGAGAUGGCCGUGUGGGAGGCCGAGCAGCUGGGCGGGCUGCGGCGGGGGGCCCUGCUCGCGCCCCCCGGAGCCGGCCCCCCAGGUGCGCUGUACUGCCCGGCCUGCCUGCUGUCCUGCGGCUCGCCCGAGGCCUUCGAGAACCACUGCGCCUCCCUGGAGCACAGGCAGAUGGUGGCCCUGGAGCCGGCCGCCACCUGGGGCCACCGCAGCCCGCCCGCCGGCCUGACCUCCUUCGAGCUCUGCCCCAGGCCCGAGCACUGUGAGUACGGGCGGCUCUGCACCAAGGCCCACUCCCCGGAGGAGCUCGUCGAGUGGACCCGGCGGGCCGAGAGUGUGCGGCUGCGGGAGGAGGCCGCCUGGAAGGAAGGGCUGAUGCCCUACCAGGAGCGGCUGCUGGACGAGUAUCAGCGCAGCGGGAGCGAGCUGCUGGUGCUGGCUGAGGCCGUGGAGGGCGUGUCGGCCUCCUGUGACCAGCCCCUGCUGCUCCGGGCAGCCCACAAGGUGACGCAGCACAGCUGGACGUUCACCCUGCGCUCCGAGGCGCCCCUGCAGCACGUGGCCUUGCUCAGGCAGGAGCCCGGCGCCACCUUCUCGCUGGUGGCCCCCGGCCUGCCCCCAGGGCAGCAGUACGCCUGCGGUGAGCGGUUCCGGGGGCCCGACGCGCCCCUGCAGGCCCGGGUGACCGUGCAGGUGCUCAGCGCCUCCUUCGGCACCUUCGAGCAGUGGCUGGCCUUCGACUUCGGCUGCCGGCCCGUGCUGCUGCGGAAGCUGACCCUGCAGCUGGGCCAGGAGCGCUGCCCGGGGCCCCGGGCGCCCCCCGCCCCCGCCCCACCGCCGCCGCUGGAGCGCUGGCACACGGGCAACCGCCAUGUCGUGCCCAGCGUGGAGCGCUCGACCGAGCAGGCCACCCUGCUGGCCAAGUACAAGGGGCCCGACCUGGCUCUGGACUUCAGCCGCGGCGGCCAGGCCCCGGGGCCCAUGUCCUGCGCCAACUACCGCCAGAGGAUGCACCAGUUCCUCUACGAGGAAGAGGCGGCACAGCAGCGGCUGGUGGCCAAGCUGAACCUGCGGGGCCCGGUGUCCCUCCAGACGUCCCUGCAGACGCCCGCCCUGGGCCUGGUGCUCGCGCCCCCGGGCGCCCUCUACGCAGAGGUGCCCGUGCCCCCCUCCCUGACGCCGGACACGGACCAGGGCUUCCUGCUGGGCCGGGCGGUGAGCACCGUGCUGGUGGCCCCGGUGCCCGCCCCGGACCUCACGGUGUUCGAGGCGCGGCUGGAGAGCCGGGCCAGCUGGGAGCAGGCCCUGUGGCUGCUGCUGCCCGCGCACUGCUGCCAGGCCCUGGGGCUGCAGGCCGGCUGCAGCCGCGUCCUGGAGGUGCAGUUCCAGGUGGACCCCCUGGUCUUCCGCCGGUGGCACCAGGCAGUGGACGCGCUGGCCGACGUGCGCCUGGUGGUGCCUGACCUGCAGGCCAGUGCGCUGCCCCGGCCCCUGCCCCGCCCGCCCACGGUGCACGGCAACCGCAAGCAGAAGCUGGCCGUGGCGGCCAUUGUGGGCACCCACCCCGGCGGCCCCGCGCCCGUGGCCCCCCUGCUCAUCUACGGCCCCUUCGGCACGGGCAAGACCUACACGCUGGCCAUGGCCUCCCUGGAGGUGGUGCGGCAGCCGGACGCCAGGGUGCUCAUCUGCACACACACCAACAGCGCGGCCGACAUCUACAUCCGGGAGCACUUCCAUGGCCAUGUCCUCAGCGGCCACCCCGAGGCAGCGCCGCUGCGGGUGAUGUUCACGGAUCGGCCGCCCGGGCAGACGGACGCGGUCACGCUGCAGUACUGCUGCCUGAGCGCCGACCGCCAGGCCUUCCGGCCGCCCAGCAGCGCCGAGCUGGAGCGGCACCGCAUCCUGGUGGCCACCACGGCCCAGGCGCGGCAGCUGCGGGUCCCCGCCGGCUUCUUCUCGCACAUCUUCCUCGACGAGGCCGCCCAGAUGCUGGAGUGCGAGGCCCUGGUGCCGCUCGGCCACGCCACGGCCAACACCUGCGUGGUGCUGGCGGGUGACCACAUGCAGGUCACGCCCCGGCUCUUCAGCGUGCCGCGGGACCGGGCGGCCGGCCACACGCUGCUGCACCGGCUCUUCCGGCACUACCAGCAGCAGCCGGACGAGGCCGCCCGGCACAGCCGCAUCAUCUUCCACGAGAACUACCGCUGCACCGAGGCCAUCAUCCGCUUCGUGGCCCGCCACUUCUACGCGGCCAAGGGCAACCCCAUCCACGCCAGCGGCAAGGUGCCGCGCCACCCCCACCUCUACCCGCUCAUGUUCUGCCACGUGGCCGGCUGCCCGGAGCGUGACCUGUCCAUGACGUCCUGGCUCAACCCGGCCGAGAUCAGCCAGGUGGUGGAGAAGGUGCAGGAGCUCGUGGGCACCUGGCCACACUGCUGGGGCAGCUGCGAGCAGGGGCAGAUCUGCGUCGUCUCCCACGGCGCCCAGGUGAGCGCCCUGCGGCAGGAGCUGAGGCGACGGAGCCUGGGCCAGGUGUCCGUGGGCAGCUUCGAGAUCCUGCCAGGCCGAGAGUUCCGCGUGGUGGUCCUCAGCACGGUGCACACCUGCCGCAGCCUGCAGAGCCCUGGCGCGCCCAGCCCCGACUUCUUCGUCGACGCGCGGGUGCUCAACACCAUCCUGACCCGCGCCCAGUCGCAGGUGGUGGCCGUGGGCGACGCCGUGGCCCUCUGCUCCGUCGGGGCCUGCAGCAAACUGUGGAAGAGCUUCAUCCGGGAGUGCGUGGAGCAUCACAGCGUCUGCCCCCCGGACCUGUCGCUGGAGCAGGUCGAGGGCGGUGUGGCAGCCCAGCGGCGCUGGGCCCGCGGGCCCCUGGACCUGCCGGCACCCCGGGGCCCCGCGGCGGGGGCCGCGAGCCCUGGAAGCCCUGCCGGGGGUGGGCCUGAGGCCAAGCCUGGGGCACCAGGCCCUGAGACGGCGGCCUCCGGGGAGAGGGAGGAGGCGGCCGCGGUGGCCGUGGGUGACGGGGUGCUCUCAGGCCCCGGGGCUGCCGCGGGGGCCGAGUCCGACUUCUGGCUGUUCGAGGGGGAGCUGGACCCCGAGGACUCCAUCCUGCAGGAGCUGCUGGACGAGAGUCUGAAGAUGGCCGUGCUGGUGCAGGAGGACGGGCUGCUGGACACGGUGGCCAGGCCCCGGUCCCCGCAGCAGGCCCGGCAGUACGUGAACCUGCCGCGGGCCAUGCUGUGCACGCUCCUGCGGGCCGAGCCCGAGCGGUACCGGCGCUGCACACUCGUGCAGGAGACCUUCGAGCGGGCCACUGCGGUGCCGCUGGACGAGGGGGGCUCGGGGCCCAUCCAGCUGAGGGGCCGCCUGCGCUGCGGCAUGGCCUUCACCGGGGACGAGGUGGUGGUGAAGCUCGGUGACCCGGGCCCCGGGCAGCCGCAGGGCUGCGUGGUGGGGGUGCUCCAGCGCCGGCAGCAGGAACUGGUGUUCGUCUGCCGCAUGGACGAGUGGGACCCGCGCAUCAUGACGCCCAUCGACGGCUCCGUGACCAAGAUCUUUGUGGCGGAGCUGCGGGACCCGCAGGAGGUGCCCCUGCACCGGCUGGCACGGGGCCGCCUGGAGCGGGCGGGGACCGAGCGGCUGCCACACAGCGCUCGCCGCAGGCGGCUCUUCCGCGUGUGCGUGGUGCUGUGGCGCGAGCGCUUCUACUGCCCGCUGGGCGUCGUCCUAGAGGUGCUGCCCGAGGCCUCCAACUGGGAGCACGGCGUCCACGCCCUGGACCUGGAGUACAGCCUAAAGCCCCCAUCGGCGGAGCCCGCGGCCGUCACGGGGGCCCUGCGGAAGUACCGCGCGGAGCUGGGCAAGGUGCCCCCCUGCCGGCAGGACUGCCGCGGCAUCCUCACCUUCACCGUGGACCCGCCGGACGCCUGCAACCUGGACGACGCCAUCAGCGUCCGGGACCUGGGCCUCAGGUACGAGGUAGCCGUGCACAUCACCGACGUGGCCAGCUGUGUGCCCAGGGACGGCGUCCUGGACGCCGAGGCCCGCAGGCGGGGCACGGCCUUCUACGCCCCCAACCGGGAGCCCGUGCCCAUGCUGCCCGCCAGCCUCUGCCAGCAGGCGCUCAGCCUCCUGCCCGGCCAGGACCGCCUGGCCAUCUCCCUCUUCCUCACCGUGGAGAAGGGCAGCGACCGGCUCAAGGACGUCCGCUUCGCGCCCUCGCUGGUGCGCUCCGACUGGCGGCUGUCCUACGCGGAGGCGGAGCAGCUCAUCCGGCAGCACCCGGGGGCCGGCUUGGAGCUGCCCACCAGCCUGGACUCGGUGGCCGCCUGCGUGGCGGCCGCCUGCUACCUCUCCCGGGUGCUGCGUGGGCGCCGGCUGCAGCAGGCCUGCUGCUACGAGCCCCCAGACGAGGACAGCGAGCUGGGCUUCCGCGCGGCCCACAGCAUGGUCAAGGAGUACAUGAUCCAGUUCAACAGCCUGGCGGCCGAGUUCCUGGUGGGCAGCGAGGCCACGCGGGAGGUCACCCCGCUGCGCUGGCAGCCGGCGCCCGCCCGACAGCAGCUGGAGGCGCUGGGUCGGAAGCACGCGGCCUGGCUGCCCCUCUCGCUGCCCCUGGCCCAGCGCCUGGGGGCCCACGGGCCCCCGGCCGCCCAGCUGCCCCUGCUGGCUGCCCUCUGGGGGCGCAUCCAGCAGGCAGCCCGGGCCGGGGACCUGCCGCUGCUGGUGGACCUGGUGACCACGGACGACCUGCACCCCGCCCUGCUGCCCGUGGUGUUGGACUUCCACCGGGCGCUGGCCCGCUCCGCGUUCUGCCGCUCCGGGCCGGGCCCGCAGCCGCCGCGGGGCCACUACUCCCUGCAGGUGGACUGCUACACCUGGGCCUCCUCGCCCAUCCGCAGGUACCUGGACCUGGUGCUGCAGCGGCAGCUGCUGCACGUGCUGGGCUGCGGGGGCGCCGCCUACAGCGCCCAGGACAUCGACGGGCUCUGCCAGGAGUUCGGCCACCAGCACGCACGCGCCCAGGCCUACCAGCGCCGGGCCCGGAGCCUGCACCUGGCCGAGCGGCUCAGCGCCCAGCCGUGGGCCAAGCUGGGCGUGGCGGUGGACGUAGAGGCGGGCGCCCGCUGCUUCCGGCUGCUCUUCCCCGCCGACCCCGACAGCCUGCCAGACCCCUGCCCGGUGCCCUACCGCGCCCUGCAGCUGGCCGAGCCCCCGCGGGCCCUGGAGGGCCGGCCCGGCCUGCGGCUCACCUGGCGGCGUCGCAUCUACUCGGUGCGGGAGGACACAGCCUGCCUGCCACUGCCCGGCGCCCUGCUUGACGCCCACCGCCGGCCCGUGGACUCGGCCCUGUGGCAGCGGCUGCUGGAGCUGGUGCAGGGGCAGUGCUGGCCCGAGGCGGCCGCCCUGGUGCGGGAGCAGGGCGCGGCGGAGCCGGAGCCCCUGGAGCUGGGCCAGGCGCGGCGGAGCCCCUGCGGGCUGUUCGUGGAGGUCUGGCGGGACCUGCGCGCGGGCGACGUGCUGAGCGUGCAGCUGGGCCCGGCCCUGCAGCAUGGCUUCCUGGCGCCGGCGCUGCAGCUCUGGGCCGUGGCGCCGGGCCUCAGCCUGUGCCUGGAGCACGUGGAGCGGCCGGGACCCUGCUUCUCGGGCCUCGAGCUCCAGGCGGGGCGCGACCGCUGCCAGGACGUGGCCGAGUACGUGAGCGUGUGGCGGCCGUUCUGCGCGCUGGAGGCGGUCACCAGCGCGGUGGCUGAGAACGAGUCCAUCACGCUGCAGGGCGUGCGCAUCUCCUGGAGCCCCGAGCGGACCCCGCAGGGCCAGCUGCAGGGCACCUUCCGGCUGGGCUCGGACCUCCUGCUCCGCCACUGCAUCAACGUCAGCUUCAGCCACUGUUACCUCUGCAUCCGGCUGGACGGGCUGCAGCCUGCCCGGGCCCCCGCCAGCCCGGGCCCGGCGCCCCCCUUCACCACAGACCCCGACACCUUCACCUGGGUGGCCCACGGGCUGACGGAGGGCACGGAGGAGGAGGAGGACCGGAAUGGGCUCAUCACCGGCAGGCUCGUGCCCUUCUGCGUCCAGCAGAUGGCCAUGGGGCAGGUGCCCGCGCAGGUGCUGAGGCCUGACGCCCGGUUCACCGUCGAGGUGCUGCCCAAGCAGCUCCCUGACAUCCGUAAGGAAGAGGCCGUGUGUGGGCUGGACAGGGCCUCACAGCUGGUCAUCAGCAUCGCGCUCGGCCAGCCCCUGGCGCUGCCCCGCCAGCAGCUCCCGCACAGAGGGAUCCCCGGCAGGCUCCUGGAGCAGAGGGUCUUCGACAUCCCGCACAGCCGCCACAAGCUGAACCCCAGCCAGACCGAGGCCGUCCGGGAGGCCCUGAAGAAGCGGUUCACGGUCAUCCAGGGCCCGCCAGGCACGGGGAAGACCGUGGUGGCCCUCCACAUCGUCUUCUGGUUCCACAAGUCCAACGAGGAGCGGGCGCCGGCCAGCAGCGGCCUGGGCAGGAGGAAGUCCCAGGGGGGCCCCCACAUCCUCUACUGCGGACCCUCGAACAAGUCGGUGGACGUCUUGGCAGGUCUGCUCCUGAGCAGGGCGGCAGAGCUGAGGCCCCUCCGUGUGUACAGCGAGCAGGCCGAGGGCACCGAGUUCCCCCUGCCCGGUGUGGGCAGCAGGGGCCUGUCCAGGAGGAGCCCCGGGGAGGGGCGGCCGAACCAAGCCCUCAGGAGCAUCAGCCUGCACCACCGCAUCCGGCAGCCGCCCAACCCCUGCGCCUCGGCCAUCAGGGCCUUUGACGCGCGGCUGCGGAACGGGGAAAUCCUGUCCAGAGAGGAGCUUGCGAAGUACCGGGAAGUGCUGAGCCAGGCACGGAACUUCGAGCUGGCGCAGCACCGCGUGAUCCUCUGCACGUGCUCCUGCGCGGCCGCGGCCAGCCUCAAGAAGCUGCACGUGUGGCAGGUGCUGGUGGACGAGGCCGGCAUGGCCACCGAGCCCGAGACCCUCAUCCCCCUGGUGAACUUCCCCAGGGCCGAGAAGGUGGUCCUUCUGGGGGACCACAAGCAGCUGCGGCCCGUGGUCAAGAACGACCAGCUGCAGGCCCUGGGCCUGGACCGGUCCCUCUUCGAGCGGUACCACAAGGACGCCUUCAUGCUGGACACGCAGUACCGCAUGCACAAGGGCAUCUGUGCCUUCCCGUCCAUGGAGUUCUACCAGAACCAGCUGAAGACCUGGCCGGAGCUUCGGCGGGCGCCCAGCGUCCUGGGCCACCCCGGCAGGGCCAGCUGCCCUGUCAUCUUCGGCCACAUCCAGGGCCACGAGCAGAGUCUGCUGGUGUCCACAGAUGAAGGGAAUGAGAACUCCAAAGCCAACCUGGAGGAGGUGGACCAGGUGGUUCACAUUGCCAAGGAGCUGAUUCUGGGGCGCACGGUGCAGCCCGAGGAAAUCGCCAUCCUCACGCCGUACAAUGCCCAGGCCGCAGAGAUCAGCAAGCUCCUGGCCUCCAAGGGCCUCAGGGGAGUGACCGUGUCCUCCAUCACCAAGAGCCAGGGCAGCGAGUGGCGCUACGUGCUGGUGAGCACCGUGCGCUCCUGUCCCGAGGCCGACGUGGACCAGCGGCCCACCAAGGGCUGGCUGAAGAAGUUCCUGGGCUUCGUGGUGGACCCCAACCAAGUGAACGUGGCCAUCACCCGUGCCCAGGAGGGGCUCUGCCUCAUCGGAAACCAAGUCCUCCUGCGCUGCUGCCCGCUCUGGCGCCGGCUUCUCGAAUUCUGCGAGGAGCAGCAGAGCUUGGUGCCGGCCGCCCAGAUCCAGGUCCGGAAGAAGCCUGCUGUCUUCUCCUGAAAGCCCAGCUCCUGCCCUGGCUCUUCCUGGACACCGCAGGGAAGUCCCGGGCCGCGGGCGGGCCGCUGGGGGUCCUUCAGCCCCGCCCCAGGGCUGCCCGGGCAGCUCGGCCUUCUUUUCUGUUUCAGGAAGCCCCGCCGGCCCCUCAGCGCCGCCCAGGGCAAGGAGCCCCUCCCGGACCCGGACGGGGGCCCUUCUGCCUACCUCUGCGGGCCCCGCCUCCGCCCGCCCCUCCUCCUGCCGCUCAGCUGCUGUGCGAUACUCGGGGGGCGGCCUGCGGCGCGGGCCCCCGCCCCUCCCCCAGGCGGCUCGGGCCCCGUGCAAUUCCCCUCCCCGCCGCGUGGCGGCGCCGCGCGCCCCGCCCACACGCAGAGGGCUUACCGCCGCGGUGCCGGGAAGUGUGUGAUUGAUGUUUUCUACAAAUCAUAUUUCUACAUUCCAAUUUUUAUGUAUUUUCUUGGACCCUGACUUAUAUGAUCAAAUCUUAAUUUUUAUUAUAAAGACCAAUCUGAAAGCG